AGUCCCACAACAGGAGGAGCGUCUUUUACCGGACGCCACACCGCACCAGUGUCCUGACGUUGUGCUGCGGUGUGGGCGGAGUGAUACGACGGAGGUCCGCUCGCGUGCGUGGGUGUGUAGUUCCGGCAGGCGCGGACAUCUUGUAGAAGUCGUCGGAGAAGGAGCGGUGCGGACAGCGGGAAAGGGAUCGGGAUACGGAAAGCGACGGGGUGACAGUCAACCUUCGGUCAGAGAAACGUGGAGCUGAAACGUCUCUUCUGAAACUAUCGAUUGUGGCUGCGCCGUUUAUUGAGUGGGAUACGCGAGACACCGAGAGGGUCCCCCACACUUCAGCGGCUGAAGCAGUACUAGCGCUCCCUCCUCGGACGGCUCGCGCGGUCAGACAGAGACGAGACACAGAGACAGAGAAUGGCGCUGAAGCGGAUCCACAAGGAGCUGAAUGACUUGGCUCGUGACCCUCCAGCACAGUGUUCUGCUGGUCCUGUUGGUGAUGACAUGUUCCACUGGCAAGCCACAAUCAUGGGACCUAAUGACAGUCCGUAUCAGGGAGGUGUCUUCUUCUUGACGAUUCACUUUCCUACAGACUAUCCUUUUAAACCUCCUAAGGUGGCAUUUACCACAAGAAUUUAUCACCCAAACAUUAACAGUAAUGGCAGCAUCUGUCUGGAUAUUCUACGAUCACAGUGGUCUCCGGCAUUAACUAUUUCUAAAGUUCUUUUGUCCAUCUGUUCACUGCUAUGUGAUCCAAAUCCAGACGACCCUCUAGUACCAGAGAUUGCACGGAUCUACAAAACAGAUAAUGAGAAGUACAACAGAAUAGCACGAGAAUGGACUCAGAAAUAUGCAAUGUGAUGACGCCUUGCAGAAGUCUGAACAACAUAGCUGGAAUAAACUUUUAAAUUACUGGUUCUCCUUUUGGUUAUCUGGUUAUCAGAUAGCCUUUUUUUUUUUUUUUUUUUUUUUUUUUUUCCCCCCCCUCCUUGCUCCCCCCUCCCUCCUUGCACACGCUCUUACAAGAAGACCUCUGGCUUGAAUCAGCAAAUCUUAAGUUCUCAGUACAUAGUUGCCAUCAGACUGGAAGCAAAGCACGCCCACUGUGGAACAGGAGUGUGUCGACGAUGCCUUUUUCUAGCCGCUUUGAGAGUGACCAGCCCAGACUGAUGUCUACAUUCUCACUCAUCGCUCUGACACUUACUGAAGAUGCUGGGAAAGUCAAGGAUGCUGAUGUGCUGGUAGCCUUGUCCCAAAUUCAUCAGUGCCCGUUUUCAGUGUUCAGUAGCAUUAAAUACCUGGUAUCUCACUUGUACUCUGCUCAAAGCUGACAUCACUGAUGAGAACUGCUGCAGAGUAUAUAAGCGUCAGCAGUCAGGAAGAUGUAAAGGAUUAAUACUGUAUUUUAUGCAUGUUGAUGAAUUAAACAGAUGUGUUCUGCAGGCAGUGAACAUUUGGGUGGGUGGGUGGGUAGAAGUUAGAGAACUUGAGUUCCUUUCUGGGGGUCUUUUUUUUUUUUUUUUUUUUUUUUUUUUCUCCCUUCCCUUUAAAUUUUUGGUUUUCAUUUUCUUUUAGAAGUCAGGAGCUAUUAGUUAAUCUCUCUUCCAUAACUCUCUUGUAGCACUGAAAAAAAGGAUGCAAAGCUCUGUGGUUGACUGAUCAACUAAUAGCUCUUUUGUCCCCCUCAAUAAAGUUUCAUAAACCCAGGGUUGGUUGCCUUGUACAAUUUGUGUAAAAGUAUGUUUGCAGCUGUAAAGCCGGAGGCCCUAUGCCUGUUUUCUAGCACCCCACCCACCAGCAGUUGCUU